CGUUAAGCGGUGGAAAUUCUCGAGCACACACACGUUGCGAACGAACACGAGAGCCGAGAAUAAAAUAUUCACAUAAAUUCCGUGGCGUUCGCCUCUCGGUUCCUGCGUCCUUUCGGAAAAUUCAUUAGCCGGAAAAAAGGCGAAGAGGUUGAGGAGAGGCGAACUAGGCGCGGUGAAAUGUCAACUGGCCAGUGCAAAUAAUAAUUGUCCAUGGGGCCAACGAAGAAGGAGGAGCCAAUGAACUUGCUGACAACUUGAGCCGGCCACAAGUAGCAGGUCGUGGAGGAGAAGCCCCUUGGGCGGUCAAGGAAUCAUGGGUGACCUCCAGGCCACCAUCGAGUUCUCCGUGGAGCUGCACAAGUUCUUCAAUGUGGAUUUGUUUCAGCGCGGCCUCUACCAGGUGCGUUGUGGCCUGCGUGUAUCACCCCGUCUACCCGUCCAGGUGGAGACGAGCAUACCGGAUGCCAGCGGUCCCGGCAAACAGAACGGACACGCGAACGGCCUGGGUUCCGGAUCCGGCUCCGGAUCGGCCAACGCCACCGGCAAUGCCACCGACCAUGGCAGCAGCGACAGCGAGCGGGGCGAAUUGUCACCGGGUGAGGGCAGUGGGAACCUGGGAAGUGCCUCGCUGGCGGGCAGCUGCUCCUCCGCCUCGGUUAUCAACGGCAGCGGCGCCUCGCGCAUCUUUCAGAUACUCUAUCGGAAUGAGGAGGUGCCUUUACGCGACAUCAUCCACUUUCGAAGUCAUCUUCUAGUUGACAGUCGUCACCUGAAGGAGUCCAUUGAACGGGCCGAGUUCUCCUUGCAGCUGGAGCUAUGGUUUGGGGAACAAAACGGCUCCAGCAGCCUCAAUGGACACGGAGGCAAUGGCGGCGGCGAUGGGAGAAUGGGCAGUUUCUCUGGCGGCAGCACCACACUGACACUGGCCUCCACCAGGAGUCUGCAGUUGAACUUUCAUCCGGGACGCGGCCUACACUAUCACCUGCCGGUGCUGUUCGACUAUUUCCACCUGGCGGCCAUCAGCGUGGGCAUUCAUGCCAGUCUCGUGGCCCUCCAUCAGCCCUACAUCAAGCGAAGCAUGUUCUCGUACAUGAAAUUCUGUGCUCCUCGCAGCUCGAAGCCCUGGAGUGCCGGCAAGUUGAGCUGCCGGGGAAAUACCUCGCCGGGUCCCCUGGAGGCGGUGUUCUUUGGACCCCAAAUAGGUGGCACCACCAAGUGCAGCGGCGGUCCCGCCGGACGACUACUCCAGUCCCGGGCCAUUCAUCGGGAGAUCUGCUGCCUGCUCCUGGGCGCCAUAGAGCAGCUGAAGGCGACUCUAAAUGAGUUUAGCACUGUGCUCCCGCCAAGCAUCAACUCGCAGAUCGGAUCGCCGCCCCUGAGGGAGAACGAUACAGGGGAGCGACUUCAGCUGCUGCUGGAUCAGGCCAAGCAAUUGGAGGCGGAGGAGGACUUUGCCAUUCGUGCCAAUUCCGACAUUGCCCAGCUGUGUGCGGAGAGCAUAUUCUGGUGGCGCCGCGUGCUCCUGGCCUCCCGAUCCUCCACGGCUGUGCACACGCUGCUGGCGCGAAAGCAUCACAUCCUGAGGGUGCGACGCUUCGCCGAGGGUUUCUUUGUGCUGGAACAACCGCGUCAUGCGGCUGCCGCUGGAUGUCAGGAGCAAGCCAAUGGUUCACCAUCGCCGGGUCACUGUCAGGGCUAUGUGGCCAUUGCAGAGCUGGCGCGAAGGAGCCGCUACCUACAGUCCCUGCCGCCGCUUCCCGUUCACUGUACGCCCAUCGAUGGAGACGCCUCCUCGCUGCCCCUCAUCUUCGAAGAUCGCUACGUGACACCGGGUAGCAGCUAUGGACGAAGGCGCUCCGGCAGUGAUACCCAGCUGGAUGAAUCGGUGUCUAUUGGCGGUGGGGUGGGCAGCUGUCAGAAGAAGAAGGUGGAUAAGACGCACUCGAGCAGCAGCCUCAACGGUAUUAAAGACUGCCUGGCCUGCCACUUCGAUUACGAUUACCCGCAGACAAACGGCUCGGGUCCGGCUCAUCCGCAUGCCAAGUGCGUCGUCACACCGCGCUUCGCCUUGGGCGGUGAGGUACUCCAGGCCAGUCUGACCAUAGCUCCCAGCAAGGAGCAGGCGCCGGCUCCUCCACCUCCCACAGCGGCUCUGCGACACAACCUCUCUCGGCACUCGGUCACCGGUCUACUGGAGGAUCUCGAUCUGGAUUCCAGUGUUCCGGCGCGGCAUAGCAAAUCCCUGGACCAACUCGAUGGCUGUGAUGGAUUGCCCACCAAUCCGGUGCCACCAACCACCAACCACACGUUACCCCGCCUUCAGGCCGAUGAUCUGAUGAGAAAUAUUUGUGAGUUCCGGCAGCGCUACGGGAAGUUCGAUUACCUGCACGAGAUCAAGCUGCUGAAUCCUCCCAAGCAUCAGCACAGCAACACUCAGCAACAGGGACAGCCGGCGCAGCAGGGUCAGCAAUGCACCAAUGGCUACAACUCACUUCCCAAGUCGAUGGUGCCGCCAAGGAACUCAUACCCGCCACCACCGCCCACGCAGCACACGACGAUGCCUCGGAGUAGCUCCUCGCAGAUACCGCGUGCCGUGGAGAUUGCCCGCGUGAGGGUGUCGGACAUCAAGGAGAUGCUGCGCCAGGGCCAACUCAGGAAAGAGUCCAGCAGCUCCGAGAGCGACAUGAUGCAGAAGCUCCAGAUGUUGAGCUCCAACAGUGUGCCCUUCCGACUCGAGGGAGCUAGCGGUGGCAAUGGCAAUGGAACGAGCAACAACAAUACCACCAGCAGCGAUCCCAACACCAGCGGAUUCAGUGAAUCCCUGCCCAAUCUGGCUCCUCCGCCCGAAUUCGAUUCGGACUCGCAGUUGAGGCGUCAAAGGAGCAACUCCACCUCCUCGCUGAGCGAAGAGAGCGGCUGGGUGAGUAGCCGGAGAAGCUCUCUGGCCAUCUCCAGUCCAGACACCAUCACCAGCACGGCGGGUCUGAACAAUCAACGGCAGCGGCACACUCAGCUCAACCUGGGCAUGGGCAUGGCCAUGGAGACACGCCUGAACGGGGAACAGCUGCGCCUGCGCCUCCAGAAGGUACUGGAGCAGCAGCAGCUCCAGCAGCAGCAUCCGCACAAGACGCGGAAGAGACAGGCGGCAACCUCCAGUCAAAGCAGAACGCCGGCCCGUCAGCCACCUGAGGUGCACAAGAAGGUGUCCUCGGUGACGGUGAAUAUCAAGAGGGAGCGCUCUCGCUUCCAGUUGGACAGACUGCGUCAUCUGCCCAACGGAGAGUCCACGGAGGUGGAGGAGAUGGAGCCGCCGCCGCGUAGGAAUCGCCACAAGACUGCCGCCUCUACGGGAAAAUCCAAGUCGGACUUUGACAUCACCAGCCUAAAGGAUAUGCAGCCGCUGGACGCCGUCUGCCUGCCGCCACCUCAGCAGUUUCAAGACCAAGAACAGGAGCUGGCUUUGGUUGCCCUGGCUCCACCGCCGCCCGACGAAUUCCGCGAUCCGCCACCAGAGCCAGCACCCUCCGCAGCACCUCUCCCUGUUCCUUCUACCGUUGCCAUUUCAGCUGCAGUUUCCCUUCCUGCCUCACUUCCUCCCAGUGCCAAAGCCAAGAUCCAGGUGACCUGUCAUCUGCCACCACCGCCGCUCAAGGAGCGCCAGCCGGUGGGUGCCAUUGAUAAUCCAGUGUACCACAUCUAUGAGUCCUUGCGACCGAUCUCCACGCCGGCCAUCUUCACCAAUAAGCCCGUACUGAAAUCGCACAGCCUGGCGGAGCUGAAGAGGCCACAGAAUCUCCCAAAUCCUCUGAGCCAUCAAUGCAAGUCACAUGCCAUCAACGGCAGUAAUGGCUUGGAUGCCGAGCCGGACGAGAACAAAGAGAACUCCAAUGGCCAGGUGCGGGUGGCCAAGCCACCGGGCAAUCCCUCUGGGAAGCACAAGCGGAAGGGACAGGGCUCUGCCGCUGUGCAGGAGGCACCGCCCAGCAUCUCGCUGCUCGAGUUCGAGAAGUACCGCGAGGAGUUCCGCAAGCAGAUCAAGUACCAGGGCAGCAUAUACUCGGACUACGUCCAGCUGGCCUCCGAGCUUCCCUAUUUCUACAUCAGCGAUGAGUACCGCGCCUUCUCCCCCAACGGCAUGCAUCUGGUCAUCUGCGUCCACGGGUUGGAUGGCAACUCGGCGGAUUUGAGGCUGGUGCGUACUUACCUGGAGCUGGGACUGCCAGGAGUGAACCUAGAGUUUCUCAUGUCGGAACGGAACCAGGGAGACACCUUCUCUGACUUUGACACCAUGACUGAUCGGCUGGUAACCGAGAUACUCUACCAUAUCGAUAGCUGCGCUCUGAAUCCAGUUCGCAUCUCAUUUGUGGCCCAUUCCCUGGGCACGAUUAUUGUGAGGAGCGCCUUGGCCAGGCCCCAGAUGCGUCCUCUGUUGCCGCGUCUGCACACCUUCCUCUCGCUCUCGGGUCCGCACUUGGGUACUCUCUACAAUACCAGUGGACUGGUUAAUAUGGGCAUGUGGUUCAUGCAAAAGUGGAAGAAAUCCGGUUCCCUACUGCAGCUCUGCAUGCGGGACACCACCGAUAUGCGAAACAGUUUCCUGUAUAGGCUCAGCCAAAGGAGCACCCUGCAUCACUUUAAGAAUAUCCUGCUCUGCGGCUCCAGCCAGGAUCGUUAUGUGCCAGCGCAUUCCGCCAGACUAGAGCUAUGCAAGGCGGCCAUGCGGGAUAGCUCCACGUUGGGCACCAUUUACAGGGAAAUGGUUCACAAUGUCAUAGCCCCAAUUUUAGCCCGGCCGGAACUGACUUUGGCCCGCUUCGAUGUCCAUCACGCUUGCCCCAUACGGCUAAUACACUAAUUGGUCGAGCGGCUCACAUAGCUGUCCUGGACUCGGAGUUAUUUAUUGAGAAAUUUAUGCUAAUCGCUGGC